CCACUUCCACCACUUUAUCGCUAAAAUCAACAGUUAACACAAAUUCGCAAAGUCACAGAGGUUAUGUCGUUGCCUAGCAACCAAAUAACAAGAUCAGAUUAUUACACAUUCGAAAAUCACUUUCAGUCCAAAAAGCUCACAGAAUCGAACAGCACGCGUUCCGAUUUCAAAAUUCAAAAUCAAAAACAAAAGAACGGUUGAAGUGUUGACGUUUAUUACUUUAAAAACUGUUUAAGGCUGUGGUGUGAGAUUGGUUAUUAUUUUUUAAUGAGUUUCAAGUGAAAAAUCGAUAGUGUGACCUUAACAUUAGAAGUGGUGCAAUGUAUUGAUCAAAGUUUGAUACGUUGAAAGUAGGCCAGUAACCAUCAACCAUGGACGAUCGCACGGUGGACCUGAUCUUCUCCGGCUCGCUGAAGUCCCUGCCUCCAGUCAGCUCCAAGAUCGUGAGGAUCUUCACCAGCUCCACCUUCACUGACACAACCAUGGAGAGGAACACCCUUAUGGCCAAAUGCUACCCCCGCAUCAAAGACUAUUGUCGAGAGAAGCACGGGCUCGAGUUUCAGGUGGUUGACAUGCGCUGGGGUGUUCGAGACGAAGCCACCGAUGAUCACAUGACCACCGAGCUGUGUAUGAGAGAGAUAAAAAAUUGUCAAAGGCUCUCCAUGGGACCCAACUUCGUUGUGUUCCUGGGGCAGAAGUAUGGAUACAGACCAAUCCCCACAUACGUCCUGUCAUCGGAACUGCAGAUGCUACGAGAUGAACUAGCGGCCGGGGGCGUUGACGUCAUUUUGUUGGAUACAUGGUACAAAAAGGACUCGAACGCCGUACCCCCCGUCUCCGUCUUGCAACCGAUUUCUUCUAUACUCAUCAAUUUUAAUAACAAGAGAGUCCCGAAACUCCAGGCAGAAGACCAGGCGGUAUGGUGGGACACACUCGGCAAAAUGCAGAAGCUGUUCCGAAAAGCUUCCCUUCAACUAUACAACAACGGAAAAAUGGAUAAAGAUGCUAUGCAUAACUACUUUAUGUCUGUGACCGAACGCGAAGUAAUAAACGGUGUUCUCAACGUCAAGAACACCAAGAACCACUGCCUCGCCUACGUCCGCUACAUCAACAACAUCAACCUGCAGAACCUCAAGAAGGCCAGCAAUUUUGUGGACAUCCUCAACAGGUCGCUGGACAACGAGGCUUCCAAGUUGUUAGCUGAUCUGAGGGACGUCAGGCUGCCGAACAAGAUUGAGACUACUAAUAUACAGAAAUACACGGUGGAGUGGAUCGGACGAGAGGGCCUGGACAACGAGACACACGGCGAAUACCUCAACCACUUCAUAUCACACUUCUAUAAGAACAUCAUCAAGCUAGUAGACAGAGCAAUGCGCAAAGAAGACAGCAGCGCCCAAGGUCAAAUAGUGACAGAAAUUCUUCAGCAUCUCCACGCUUGCAACAACUCCGUCAAAGUAUUCCAUGGGCGAGAAGAUGAUCUGAACUUUGUCGAGAAUUAUAUGAAGAAUGGCUCUGAUAAGCCACUGGUUUUGUAUGGAGAAGGUGGCUGCGGUAAAACCAGUCUACUCUCAAAGAGUGCAGCGACGUGUCUGGAGACCUGGUUCGCUGAAGUGCGGCCCACCAACAUCAUCAGGUUUCUUGGAACUACUCCUGACUCCAGCGCGCUUACUCCGACGCUCAUAUCCAUUUGCCAGCAAAUUUCCUACAACUUCGCGCUCCCCUUCGAGAGCAUCCCCGAUGACCUGGUGCCCCUCACAGCGCACUUCAAACAACUCCUCACCAUGGCUACCGCUCAGCAGCCUCUGCUUCUAUUCCUGGAUUCUGUGGACCAGCUAACAGGGAUCGGGACGGAGAAUAAUAAGGUGUCUUGGUUGCCAACGAGAUUGCCACCACAUUGUAAGAUCAUAGUGACGUGCGCCUGCGAGGAAACGAACCCCGAGGUCUCGAAGGAGUAUGACGUGCUCCGUCGCAUGAUCGACUCUGAGGAGAACUUUCUAGAAGUCACGGCGCUGGGCGAGGAUCUGGCCAUGCAGGUCCUGAAGUUAUGGAUGGCAUCGGCAGCUCGGGACUUGUCGAACUAUCAGUGGCGUUUGGUCUCCAACGCUAUAGGCAGCUGUUCUCUGCCGAUCUUCGUCAAACUGGUGUUUGCUGAGGUCUGCAGAUGGAGAAGCUACACGAAACCUCAGGACACCCAUCUCGCUUCCACAGUCAUGGAUUCCAUCAUGAUGCUGUUCGAGAGGAUCGAAAAACAGCAUGGCCGUCUCCUGGUAUUCCACGCUCUGGCUUACAUCACAGCGGCCCGCAGCGGCCUCUCGGAGACCGAGCUUGAAGACCUGAUCUCCUUGGAUGACAAGGUGCUGGAUGACGUGUACCAGUACCAUCUGCCGCCGGUUAGAAGGAUUCCACCUCUGCUGUGGACCAGGAUCCGCAAUGAUCUCCCAAACUACUUGUCCGAGAGAGAGGCCGACGGUGUCUCUGUUAUGAACUGGUACCACCGGCAGUUCCGAGACACCGCUCGCGAGCGUUACUUCAAGAACAUGAAUAUGGCCAUGUACUUCCAUUCUAUGAUUGCUGAUUAUUACCUCGGUAUAUGGGGCGGAGGCAACCCCAAACCUUUCAAAUACACAGAAAUCCAACGUCACCGUUUCAACCUGGCUGAUCGCGAGGGUGUGGCCGACAGGAAGGUGCCUCUACAGCCUCUGGUCUUCACGUCAGCUGAUGGGUCUACCAAGAGAUACAAUCUGAGAAAGUUUGGCGAGCUGCCCUUCCACCUGGUCCGCUCCAAACGCUUUACUGACCUCUACGCCGAAGUACUUUUCAAUUACGAAUGGCUCCACGCCAAACUCAACUGCUGUCCGCUGCAAGCUGUUCUAGCGGACUUCGAAGACGCCAAGCUGCAUGUGAACAAAGAUGCCGUCAGAGAACUGAUGCUAGUAGCCGACGCCCUCCGCCUCGGCGGGGCCAUCCUAGGCACCUACCCCGACAUGUUGGCCCCCCAACUAGUCGGCAGACUCCUCCCCGAAGCCCCCCACAACCCGGCCGUCGCGUCACUGUUGAAACAGUGCCAUGAUAAAGGAAAGAACCACUGCGCGUUGCUGCCCUCGCAUCACUGUCUGCACACUCCUGGGGGUCCUUUGAAGUACUCCCUAGAAGGCCACCAGUUCGCCGUCUUCGCGUUCCGCCUCUCCUCCGACAAGCGCUACGUCGUCUCCAUCUCCAGUCGAGUGAUCUCCUGGGACCUGGCCACCUCGGACCUGGCCAGGGACCUGUGCCCGCAGCUGGAAGGCAUCAUGCAGAACUUGGAGCUGUCCCCGGAUAAUAAGUGGGCUGCUGCGUCUACUAAUAACUCUGUGUCUAUGCUGCUGAAUAUGCUGACCAGUGAAUACGUGACGAUCGAAAAUCCACUGGACGAAGGAGAGACAGUCCGCGGCGUAUCAGUUCUCAACCAUCACAUGUUCAUAUACGGGCCAAACUCCUGGGUCCGGUAUUCCAUGCGAGGAGAGCACCAAGAGACCCUGCCGGCCCCGGAUCCGGCACCGUACGAUGACGUCACCUGGGAGAUACUUUCCAUGGAGUUCCGUGACCUGGACAACUUCCAGCUGAUCAUGUGGAGCGGAGACCUGGACGAGGACCGGCUGCUGGUGCACUACAAAAAAGGGGGGGAGUGGGUGAAGCCGCUGAGGUGCAGAGGUGCUCUGGCCUUUAACAAGGGAUGGAAUAGAAUAUAUGCCAGUGAUCCAGAGAGGGGGUAUCAGAUUUCAAUCUUCGAGCUAAAUGAGGAACAGCUUUGCUGGGAGAAGAUACAGGAGCUGUAUCAUAAAGAAACUGAUACUGCUGAAGCGAUGCUUCAGCUAAAACGAGGGAAGAAAGACAGAAUGCUUCUAGCUACAACAACAUACAGCUUCGUGGUGUGGGAUUUCGAUAGCAGGAUCGACAGGUCCAAACACGUCGACGACAGCAAGAAAAAGAAGAAAGAUGAUGACGACAAGAAAGAAGAAGACGAAGAAGAAGAGAAAAUAGAUGAUGAACCGGAAAAGGAUAUGUCUCUGGAAGGCAUCGUGCUCAAACUUCCUCACACCAUCCGUAAUAUUUCGACCAAAAUGACUCUCUCCAACUCCUUUAUGAUCAGCAAUAACAACACUUAUGCUGUUGCUGGCGUCAGAAAAAGUCUCUACGUCUGGAGCUUAGAAACCACGAAACUAAUCAAAGUAUUGGACGCGCACUUCGGCCGAAUUGUCCAGUUGGAGCCCCUGGCUGUGGGCAGCUGGAACAACGUCAUCACCUCCUCCAUCGACAGGACUGUCAAGAUCUGGAACAUUGACAACAUCUUCGAGCAGGUCCACAAGAUCGAUCGGCAGGAGUUGCCCAUUGAUGCACAAAGUUUGGCCCGAGACCAGCGUCUGGCAGCCACCACGACCCGCAGCUGCUGGGGUCUCUGGGACACCAGCACCGGCCAUCUCCUGGCACAGCUAGCGGAUGCUCCUCUAGGUGCCAUAGUCACCCAUGCUGUGAUCACGCCGAGCGGAGAGAACGUUGUCACUGCUGAGUCCGGCAAUGUUAUUAUCUGGGAUACGCAAGAAAAACAGGUGGUCUUCAAAGAGCAGCAGAAAGGAGUGAAGCAAGUGUUGUUCCUUGAGGAUGGCGCUAAGUUUGUCACCAUCUCCGUUGAAGUAGCCACCGACAAUAUGGAUAAUGUUGCUGUUGCCAACAUUGUAACAAGGACAAUACCUGAUGGAGAGAAAAUCUACGCUGUAGACUAUGAAGUGCGAGGAAUAGGGUACCGUUCAGCAGUAGUGUCCGCUGACGAGCACCACCUCGUGGCACCCGGCGUUGACAAGUCGUCAAGAGACUGUCUCCAUGUGCUACAUUCUAGGACUGGUGCUAGAUUGCACAGAAUCCCGAUAAAGAACAGCGGCAUAAAGGACAUGCAGUCGAUAGUGGCACUUCCACACAAGCCAAACUGGGUAGCCGUCGUCGGCAACGACAAAGCCGCCAUACUCGAUAUAAAGACCAAGAGACUAGUCAGAUUCGUCCCUCGCUGGAACGGGGCCUGCACCCGUGACGGCAAGUUCGGCCUCUGCGCGCCCACCCGCGGCGGCCUCGACCUCAUCGAACUGAAGAGGGGUACCUCCGUGCAGCCGCUGAUCUCCAGGGCCGCUGAGGGGGUGUUCUCCAUCAUCACAAUGUUCAGCUCCGACGACCAGUACGUGUUUUACUACCACAGCGGGAGGAAGACGCUUAGGGUGUUCAGAACAAUAGACGGCAAAGCAGUGGCCGAAUACAGAGCCCCAGCCGAAGUGACGGGGGUAGCCAGCGCCCAUGGGGGUAAAGCCGUCGCCAUAGCUUCUCAAGAUGGCUGCCUAACUAUACUUAACAUCGAAGAUCCACAUGCAUAGAUCAUCCAUACACA